GCCCAAUGUGAGUGCUACAAAUGUGCAAGUCCCCGACAUACUGCAUGAGAUCACUGAACGAUGCCUACAAGUUUCGGCCUUGCUGAAUGAGGGUGAUCUCACCCGGGUACUUGUAGAGGGGACAAAGCUUGGACAUUUUGAUGACCUUUUGAAUAGGGACCCCAGUAGAUCUAACACCCCUUCUCCUGUUUAUAACCUAUCCCAGGUUUGUAUGUUUGUUUGGCUUUAUGAUCACAUCAUUCAUGUAAUUGCCCAUGUGCAUUUAUUAGGGAAUAUUGCAAAACUUCUCGCCUCCAUUAAAGGUCCAUUUGAUUGCUUUUAGCUGUUUGAAUUUUGUUUUUGUAUUUUCCUUUAAGUUAAAAUCUGCAUGAUUAAGUUAAGGUUUGACCUGCAUAGCAU